CUUGAUGCUCUGAUUCUGAAUUGCUGUACACAGCGAUAUCAACUUUGUACACGACAACACUCUGUAGUCCCUUCGUUAGACGAAGCAUCAAGCACCGGAAUAGAUAUUGGGUGUCUCCAACCGUUCGGAGAGACGGAGAAGGCGCAAGUAUUCUUGGAUGAGCUGAUCAAAGUCAUCCCGUCCUUUGGUAUGCACUUUGCACCUACAAAGUGUAAGGUCAUGCUUGUGGACGUGCAGUCACUGAACACGCCCCUUACAAUCCAGGGAGAGGUACUGGAAGUUGUGGAGCGUUUUACGUAUCUUGGAACGGAACUGAGACGUCUUCAGGUGUUCGACAAUCGUUGUCUCGGAACCGUAGCUCAUGUGGAUUGUUGUCGGCGAAUCCGUAAUGAGGCAGUUAGAAAGCGCGUUUUCGGUUGUGUAACGGGUACUUCCAUCAAAGAAUGUGUCCAGCACCAGAAGCUGCGUUGGUUGGGACAUGUGUUACGUAUGCCGAACCAUCGUUUGCCGAAGAGAGUGCUGUUUUCCAUGCCCAACUCAGAGUGGCGUAAACAGAGAGGUGGCCAACCCUUGACUUGGCAGAGGAGUAUGAAGGAGAUCACGAAACGCUUGGGUGCUGUCGGUGCUACUCGCCUUCCAGGAUGGGGACCGCGUGAUCCUCACUGUGCCUGGUUGGAGACACUACAAGAUAUGGCUGCCAACCGAUGUCAGUGGCGUUCUUGUCAGUUUCUAUCCAGAUUGCCUGAGCUUUCAAAUAAGUCAUGGUUGUACGGCAGUGAAGCAUCGGUGUUGAACACUGAUGUCAUGCUGUCGAUGAUGAUGAUGAACACCGCAUUUCCCCUCUUUCGGGCGAGAUGGCCCAAGUGGUUAGAGCGCGAAUUUACUGACCGGAAGGUCCGUGGUUCGAACCCGACCUCUGCCUCUCGAGUUCUCCUUUCUAGGUUUGGGCAACCUGGUAGUAUCCCAGCUCUUGUGCCUCCUUCGUGUGGAAUGCCAGCUAGGCACCGAAAGGGUGCUACAGCUGAACGAUUUCUGAAAAUAUGUAUCGUAGCCUGUGUCACUGCGCUAACCGCAACCCACUCGGGAAAAGAGGCUACUUCAUGCGAAAGACAUCGUGGUAUCAGCCUAGUAUCCGUCGCACCUAAGGUGCUCUCUGACAUUAUUUUGCGUAGAUUGACGGAUUGUCUGGAGCGACAGAUUCAUGAGAAACAAGCUGGAUUUCGCCCUGGUGAAGGACGCAUCUACUAUACCUUUACCUUGAGACAAAUUCUUGAACAUCGCCCAACCCUUCAGACGUCCCACGUUGGUCGUUUUUCUCGAUUUGAAAGCCUCCGAUUUUGUCGAUCGUCAGCAACCUUGGCAGUGUCUGGCGAUCAAAGAUCUCCCUUGAACAGUCGAUCAAAGCGCUUACCUCUAAACGACAAGAACUGGAUAAGCGUGGUACAGAACUUGGAUGCUCGUUGUAUGUUUUUUCACGCACUUCACUUUUACUGUACCGCAAGACCUGAUUUUACUGUUCUUCAGUCCAAUGCCAAGAACUUAUCUGGUAUGAUUGGAUUAGCGUCAGAGUUGGCCAUGGAGCUGAGCGGAAAAAUCCGUCAACUUGAUUUGGUCAAGAGUCGAGUAAUGAACUGUGUCUCCAAACUCGAUCACAUCAUCAAACUGAAGCAGUGUGCCAAAGAUGCACAGUCGGCCCUAGAUCAGGAGCGUUUCGAAGAAGCAGCUGCACAUGUCAGUAUAUAUCUGAACACCGAGCCAUCCUUAUUACAGCUGACCUCGCAGAUAACAUCUGACAAAGCUGCACGAGAUUCUGUCACCGUGCUUAAACAAUGUCGAGAACAGUUGGUAGUUCUCACCGAACAGCGCUUUACCCAAGCGUUGCAGAAAAAUGAUGCGACUGCAGUCGAGCGAUUCUGCAAAUUGUUUCCCCUUAUUGGACGGCGAGAGGAAGGUUUACAGCGUUUUGGCGGCUAUUUGUGUACCCGUAUCACCAAACACUGUGAAGGUUUGAUUGGUUUGUCGGAGUUGUCAGACGACCCGAGAACAACGGACCAGGUGAAGCGAACGAUGAUCUGUCUGGAUUUGUUGACGCAAAUAGUGGAGUUCAUUGCUGAAACGGUUCGAGAUAACCAAGUCUACGUGGAGACAUAUUUCGGUCCUGGUAACCUCCUGGCAAUCGCCACCCCAAUUCAGGGUGUGUGCGAUGAGUUCAUAAACCGGAUAAUUCGACGUUUUCGGACGCAGUAUCGUCUAACUGAAUUGUUCCAGAUCAUCCAGAAUUCAUCCACAUCUAUGAGCAGCGGCAAGUCUCAAAGUUUAGCCAGCGCGGGCUCCCAAGAAGGGCUACAAUUCGAGAGAGUUCUCUCUCUGGAGCCGAUAAUUUCUGAAGUAGUCUUACUGAAUACUCGCACGGAGCUCUACAUGCGUUUUAUGCGACGCCACGUUGUUGCUGACGCGCAAAAUGUUGCUCUGUCGGAAACAGAACUUCAGAACAAAUUUAAAGAAGUAGCAGCAGUUUUUGACAACUGUCAAACGGUGCGUCAAAUGCAGGACCUUAUCGCCAACUACAUUACUCUGGAGGGUUUCUAUAUGCGAGAAACCGUUCUCAAGGCAGUCACAUCGGACGAGGUUGACGAUUCAACGAAGACUUUACGAUUUGCCGACGACGUAUUUUUUAUACUCAAGCAGUGCCUAAGCCGGGCCCUUUCCUCUGGUAGUGUUGAUGGAAUCUGUGCCAUGUUGAACCAUGCGCGUACAAUUUUGCUCGACCAUUUGGUCUCCCAUACUUUAUCACCACGAAUUCGGGCAGGAUUUCCAUCAGGUUGGAUACAGGACGCUUACAGCUACAUGCAAAGUAGUGUAGCCGCAGUCACACCAGUUGCUUCCUCCUCCGGAUUUGUGGCAAGUAGCACCGGUGUCGGUACUUCUUCUGCCAGCUCUGCUAGCAGUUCAGGAAACGUGGCCAGACAACAGUUUCUGGUUGCCUUGAAUACACUGGAGGCUUGCUUGAACAACCUGGGUACGUUGACUGGCCAACUUGAACGUGAUCUCAAUGCUCUGUUCAACAAACCAGAGGAUCCUGCUUCUAGGAAAGUACAGGCCUGUUUGACCGAACUAAAGCAUUCCACCUCUGAACAACUCCAACGAUUGCUGGACUCAGGCUUGGAGCAAUUGACCACAUCAGUGAUCCGUGGACACGUCAAGUCGGUUCUGCAAACUUUCGCCGGCAUUCAUUAUGGCAUUUCAGAGGAUGACCUUGACAUGUAUGCGGCCAAUGAUCCUUGGGUGGAAGCCUGUGUGGCGGAUCUGGAAGCCUUUCUGAAGCCAUUCCGGAAUAUUCUGUCCGGUGGCAACACCGAUCGGGUUGUUUCGGUCCUCACCACAGAAUUGGCUCGACGACUGGAAUUUCUUCUUCAGCGCAAGUCCUAUAAUCGCUUUGGUGCGAUACAGUUGGAGAAAGAAAUGCGUUGCCUAUUCGCCUACCUAACCAGCAUUACGUACACUGCAUUACGGGACCACUUCACGCGGCUGCUACAAAUAUGUAACUUGCUCAACUUGGAUAAGGUUGACGAGGUGACAUUCUACUGGAAUAGCCCGAAUUGGCGCUUGCUUCCGAAUGAAGUCCGUCGAAUCCUGUCACUUCGAACCGAUUUCUCCACGGACGAGAUUCGUCGUCUCAAAAUGUGAAACCCCGAAUUUAUGAAAUUACUCGUUCAAGGCGCUGUUUCAUCACUCAAUUCGUUUUGGAUAACGCAUUGUUCUUCCCUAUGGCUGUGUUUGUUUUUACUGCAAAAUACUUAUCUACUAAAUAAAUA